GCUAGUCAUAAAAGUAGCCUAGAAAUUGUUAUAAAAUGUGAUAUUAGUAGCAUUUGCAUACUGUAAAUUUAUAUUUGUACCCUAUGACUAAUGAUUGAAUACUGCUGUCUAAUUUGUGUGAUUUUGUCAUAAGAGUCGCAUAUCAAAUCAAUUGCAACCAAACAUUUGACUCAAGGUAGAGUGGCCAUCAAUUUAAACUUGAGAUAAAAUUUAAUAUACUUAUCGAAGAAACUUGAAGUACAGAGCAACUUGAAAAUGACUUUUCUCUGCUGUUUCCAGGUUUCUCUGCUGCAAAAUAUGGAUUACCUAGUCUGUGGAAAGAUUGCCAAAGUUGAGCUCAUGAGGGUAGAUGACAUCUCAAAAUCCGAAUCAAUAAUCUAUUCACAGAUCGAGAGAAAGAAGCAAGAAGAUGGAUUUGCAGAACUUCAAUUGACAACAGAUAACAUCAAACAGGAGCCAAUAACCUCAGAGGAAACCCCAACUACUACGCAGAUUGAAAUUGUGAAACAUGAGAGUCCAUUUGAACAAAUUGACAUUGAAAUGAAGAAUGAACCUUCUCAUAGCAGUACAGCUAUUCAUCAGAUCAAGAGAGAGAAGCAAGAAGAUGGAUUUGCAGAACUUCAAUUGACAACAAAUAACAUCAAACAGGAGCCAAUAACCUCAGAGGAAGCCCCAACUACUACUCAGAUUGAAAUUGUGAAACAUGAGAGUCCAUUUGAACAAAUUGACAUUGAAAUGAAGAAUGAACCUUCUCAUAGCAAUACAGCUAUUCAUCAGAUUGAAAUUGUGAAACAUGAGAGUCCAUUUGAACAAAUUGACAUUGAAAUGAAGAAUGAACAUUCUCAUAGCAAUACAGCUAUUCAUCAGAUCAAGAGAGAGAAGCAAGAAGAUGGAUUUGCAGAACAUCAAUUGACAACAAAUAACAUCAAACAGGAGCCAAUAACCUCAGAGGAAGCCCCAACUACUACUCAGAUUGAAAUUGUGAAACAUAAGAGUCCAUUUGAACAAAUUGACAUUGAAAUGAAGAAUGAACCUUCUCAUAGCAAUACAGCUAUUCAUCAGAUCAAGAGAGAGAAGCAAGAAGAUGGAUUUGCAGAACAUCAAUUGACAACAAAUAACAUCAAACAGGAGCCAAUAACCUCAGAGGAAACCCCAACUACUACUCAGAUCAAGAGAGAGAAGCAAGAAGAUGGAUUUGCAGAACUUCAAUUGACAACAAAUAACAUCAAACAGGAGCCAAUAACCUCAGAGGAAUCCCCAACUACUACUCAGAUUGAAAUUGUGAAACAUGAGAGUCCAUUUGAACAAAUUGACAUUGAAAUGAAGAAUGAACCUUCUCAUAGCAGUACAGCUAUUCAUCAGAUCAAGAGAGAGAAGCAAGAAGAUGGAUUCGCAGAACUUCAAUUGACAACAAAUAACAUCAAACAGGAGCCAAUAACCUCAGAGGAAUCCCCAACUACUACUCAGAUGGCGACAGUUGCAGUAGAUAGCAGCCAAGAACCAGCGCCAGAGUGCAGCACUGCAUUCGCUCCAACCGAUAAUGACUUCAGCCAACAACAUUAUUUAAUCCCUGGCUACAAUCUAAUAUUCAUCAAAGAAGAAGAUUCCCAAGAUGGAGAAGACAUUUCAGAAGAAGUUGACUUUGGCGCAGUGAAGAGUGAAGCAGAGAUGUGGCCUUCUAUCAGCGGCACUGCCAAUGCAACAGAAGUGGGUGGACUGGAUGCACAUUCAAUCUCUCCAGUGGAAAAGUGCACUGAGCCAACUGUGGCUGGCAAAGAGACCAAGCUCUACAACUGUGCCGACUGCAGCUAUGAAACAACACGGAUUGCUGCUUUGAAGAGACACAUUAGAACACACACUGGGGAAAAACCAUUCAGUUGCGAUUUAUGUGAUUAUAAAUGUACCACUUUAGGCAACAUGAAAAUACAUAUCAGAUCACAUACAGGUGACAAACCAUUUAGUUGCGAAUUUUGUGACUACAAAUGUGCUCAAUCAUGUUAUUUGAAGAAACACAUCAGAACACAUACAGGUGAAAAACCAUUUAGUUGCGAAUUUUGUGAUCACAAAUGUGCUCAUUUAACUGAUUUGAAGAAACACAUUAGAACACAUACAGGUGUAAAACCAUUCAGUUGCGAAUUUUGUGACUACAAAUGUGCAUCUUCAGGCUGUUUGAAAAAACAUAUCAGAACACAUACAGAUGAAAAACCAUUUAGUUGCGAAUUUUGUGACUACAAAUGUGCUACUUCAAGUUCUUUGAAGAGACACAUCAGAACACACACUGGUGAAAAACCAUUUAGUUGCGAAUUUUGUGACUACAAAUGUGCUACUUCAAGUUCUUUGAAGAGACACAUCAGAACACACACUGGUGAAAAACCAUUCAGUUGCGAAUUUUGUGACUACAAAUGUGCUCAAUCAGGUGCUUUGAAGAGACACAUCAGAACACAUACAGGUGAAAAACCAUUUAGUUGCGAAUUUUGUGACUACAAAUGUGCUAUUUCAGCCAAUUUGAAGAAACAUAUCAGAACACAUACAGGUGAGAAACCAUUUAGUUGCGAAUUUUGUGACUACAAAUGUGCUCAAUCAGGUGCUUUGAAGAGACAUAUCAGACUGAAACACACUGGGGAAAAAGCCUGUGUGAAGAAAUAAUUCUGAGAUAAAUGUUACUUAAUGUGCUGAUUCAUGUACUUAUAAGGCACAUAAUAUUAGAAGGCAAAGCGUUGAAAAAUAAUAGUAUAAUAGUUCUAUUGACAUUGUUUUGUUUCGCAAUUGAGAUUUGUGUGAUUGGUGUCAGAUUCUCGUGCGCUUAAUCAUUUAGUGUAACUUAAUUGAGUAAAUUUCAAUUCAGUACAUUUUUCCGUACUGACUAGGAUGACAUGAAGGUUUAGCACUUAGCAGAUUGAAACAUCAAUUGGGAUUAAUGAGUGCAAUUUUAUGCAAGUUGAGUCUAUGUCUUUAUCCAUCUGCCAGAUUUACUUUUCUCUCCUCAUAUUAACUUAUCCAGAAAUAUUAAUUUGCAGAAAUCAAAGCAACAAGUUGGUGAGUUUCUAAUGCUUUAUCCUUAAAACUUGGUCUUGCAAGGAGCUCUCCCACUCUCGUUAAAUGUAAAGAAUAUUCAUGCCUCUUCAAUUGUAAAUUCGUAAAAUUCAAAGCAAUCUACACAUAAUAUUUUUCCAAAUUUAAAUUAUUUAUUUGCAGUUUUAUUCGUUUACAAUAUGAAUUUCUGCAUUGUUACAAUAAAUCUACAUUUAUUCAAUUAUAUAAAUCACAAAUUUAUAAAAUACAUAAUAAGACACUAAAUAAGUUUAGUAACUAUUAUAAAGCUACUAUUGUUUCAUUUGAUUCCAAUCAAGCCUUGUGUCUAGAUAGGUAGGAGUUGGAUCCGAGGGAGGAAAGCGGUAAAAAAAAUAAAAACAUCAAAAGUCAUCCAUCUUAAAACUCGAGAACCGGGAAAUAAGCUCUAUUUGUCAAUACUUUGAGAUAUUCUUCUUAAAUUGAAAUUUUGAAUUAAAAACUUUAGUUUCGCUUGGAAAAUUGUAAGUACAUAAUAUAGUACCUUGUCUUCUAUGGGAGAACAUACGGUAGUCUACCUGAUAUUCUUCGAGAUACCAAUGAGCCUCACAACUGUUAUAUGUCAGCCAAGUCCGCCAGUUUAUAGUGUUCUUGUGGAAUCAUGUUUAAUCUGAAUAGUCCGUAUCAGACUCACUGUCAUAUGUUGAGUGUUUAAGUUGUAGAUUGCUAGUAAAUCGAUAAUAAUUAUCCAUUCAAUCUCACAACCCAGAAAGAUUGUCUUGUUGGGAGAUUCAUACAUGAAUCAAGGUUUCUUUUUUCUCUGAGAAGUGGUUUUAAUGAGAAUUAUCAUCCAUUCAUUGAUUGUGUUGACAAAUUAAUAUUAUUAAUCACCCGAGAAAUGUUCUUCUUUAUUAAUUUGUACAUCAUGUACUAGUUUAUACAGGACAAAAUGUCAGAGGUUGUCUGGUAUAGCUCAGCUGGUAGAGCUGUCUCCUCAAAUGUGAAAAGAUCCAUUCUGAUGAUCUCAUCUUCAUAACAAUUAAAUUUUCUUUAAAUUACCACCUCUUCAACAACAAAACAACAAUAUUGUCUUUGCAAAACCCUUUGAACUGCUAUGCUCCAUAUUAUGAUGUUAUUGUUGUUAAUAUGGCUGCGUUGAUUAAUUCAAAAGCCUCCUGGCAUAUUAUAGAUUUUAUUAUUUAUUUAGAAUAAGAUGGGAUACAACUUGAGAGGGACUAAUUGAUUUUAUUUUAUGGACUGUUGAGAGUUCUAUCCUUUCGAAUAUCAAUUUUGUAUUGUAUCACAAACAGUUAUAAUUCACUAGAGAUUCAUUAUAUUAAUAUUAUUAUUUAGAUUAGCCUAUCAAUAGUUUUUAGCAAUCUCUUGUAAGAUAAACUUCUUGUUAAUAGAUAUUCUAUCUUUGAGGAAUAUUCUAUACAUUUCUCCUGUCUUCCAUCAUUAUUUACUUCAAUUUAUCAACUUUCAAUAAAUUCUCGAAAUCGUCAUCCUAGCCUACAAUUUUGAUAUUUCCAGCUUCUAGGUGUGGAACUCCUAUUCCCCCACAGGUAUCUGUGGUUAUAUUUCUAUAAUGUGUAUCUUUUUAUAUAAUUUAACUUAUACUCUAACUACUGUUGAAAGAACAAAAAUAAUAAAGAAAAAUCAAACAUUGAA